CUGCACUUCCUUGUGUGACGGUACCCGGAGCAAGAGGCAACUGGAGCGGCGUUCGGGCCCCGGAACCGAGCGAGAGAGGGAGCUUCCCCUGCCCCAGAGCAGAGGGAUUCUGGGGUUGUGAGAUCCUUCCAACAGAAGCAAAGGGACACCUCUUCCCCACCAAGAGAUCCACUUCCCCGCCCCUCUCCCUUCCCCUCCCCCCCGUAGCCGAGAGACGCCUGGGCCAAAAGAUAGCUGACCACUGCUCCGUGCAGCAGAACCGAAGCACUCUCCGAGGGAAGAGACUCCUUGGACGGAGCGCCCCCACUCCUGGGGCGGAGAGAAACCCCAGAGACCUAGAGGUUCUCCCCCUCCAACUCCUAGGGUGGAGAGACCUCAGAGGACUGGGCGAUCCUCCGCUCCCAGGGCGAAGUCACUGCAGUCCUAGCAAACCCCUCGCUCCCGAGGCAGAGAUACCUCAGAGAUUCAGCGAUCUCCGCACUCACGGGCGGAGGAAGCCCCGAGACUGAGAGACUACCCCGAUCUCCUAAGCGCCAAGUUCCAGAGGACUGAGAGAUUCCCGCCCCCCUCCGAGAGCGCCGAGACGCACCCUUGGGGCCUCAACACUCCCCAGAGCCGAAAGCCGGAGACUUCGCCCUUGCGAUCCCACCUACCCCCACUCCUCUCCGGAACUCUGGGAGUCUGGGGACUGCAAAACUCCCCUGAAACUAAGAGACAGAUUCCUCCCCCUCUCCAGCUUCUCUCCACCUCCGGAACUAAGAGGAGAGCUUCUCCACCCCCGACUCUCCUCCAACCCCUCCCGCCUUCAUCGUGUGAAGGCCGUGAGAAAGGACUGCAGAGACCCCUCCCCGAAAGCUGAGACAACCCCCCUACUCCAGAGCAGAGAGCUCUCUCAGACCACUUCGGCCCGUGGUGUCGGGGCUAGAUCCUUCGCAGCCAAGAAAGGCAACUGGGCCUGGAGAGACCCCUCCUCAAGAGAGGCAACCCCCCUUUCUUGGCUACCCGAAGGUCUGGUGGGGAUUGGAUGCCCUUUGGUCUCACAUAGUGCCAGCCCAGUCUGUAAUUUUCUAAUUCCUCAUAAUCAUAAGGACCUUGGACAAAGAGUGAGGCUGUAAUCGGGAACAACAGGAUUGGGGGCUCUUGUAUUGCUGGUCCAUGAUCUCACUCCAAGAUUAGCAACCCCAUCUUUGUCACCAAGUAGGUGUGUGACCAGUGUGAUCAGCCAUGGCCCCAUUCCUACGCAUCUCCUUCAAUUCCUAUGAGCUCGGAUCCCUGCAGUCUCCUGAGGAAAACUGCCAACCGUUCUGUGCUGUCAAGAUGAAGGAAUCACUGACCACAGAGAGAGGUAAGACGCUGGUCCAGAAGAAGCCCACCAUGUACCCAGAUUGGUCCUCCACGUUUGAUGCUCACAUCUAUGAGGGCCGGGUCAUCCAGAUUGUCUUGAUGAAGGCGGCCGAGGAACCCCUGUCGGAGGUGACCGUGGGUGUGUCGGUGCUGGCGGAGAGAUGCAAGAAGAACAAUGGCAAAGCCGAAUUCUGGCUGGACCUGCAGCCCCAGGCCAAGGUUCUCAUGUCUGUCCAGUAUUUCCUAGAAGACACAGAUUGCAAGCAGUCCCUGAGGAUGGAGGACGAGAGCAAAUUCCCCACCAUGAACCGGCGGGGGGCCAUCAAGCAGGCCAAGAUCCAUUAUAUCAAGAACCACGAGUUCAUUGCCACCUUCUUUGGCCAACCCACCUUUUGCUCAGUCUGCAAGGACUUUGUUUGGGGUCUUAACAAGCAAGGCUACAAAUGCAGACAAUGCAACGCGGCGAUCCACAAGAAAUGCAUCGACAAGAUCAUCGGCCGGUGCACGGGCACGGCGGCCAAUAGCAGGGACACCAUGUUCCAGAAGGAGCGCUUCCACAUAGACAUGCCGCAUCGCUUCAAGGUGUACAACUACAUGAGCCCCACCUUCUGCGAUCACUGUGGGAGCCUGCUCUGGGGUCUGGUGAAACAGGGAUUAAAGUGCGAAGACUGUGGGAUGAACGUACAUCACAAAUGUCAGAACAAAGUGGCAAAUUUAUGCGGCAUCAACCAGAAGCUGUUAGCUGAAGCAUUAAACCAAGUCAGCCAGAAGUCUUCCCGGAAGUCAGAUACAGGGUCUCCGGACAAUUUCGGCAUCUAUCAGGGCUUUGAGAAGAAAGCAGAAGCCUCUGGAGAAGAUAUGGCAGAUAACGGGACCUACGGAAAGAUCUGGGAAGGCAGCACGCCCUCCAAGUUCAACAUAGACAACUUCACAUUCCACAAAGUCCUGGGCAAGGGCAGCUUUGGGAAGGUGCUGCUGGCCGAGCUGAAGGGAAAAGGGGAGUUCUUCGCUGUGAAGGCUCUGAAGAAAGAUGUCGUUCUGAUAGACGAUGAUGUGGAAUGCACCAUGGUGGAGAAGCGAGUGCUGGCGCUCGCCUGGGAAAACCCGUUCCUGACGCAUCUUUACUGUACCUUCCAAACCAAGGAUCACCUGUUCUUUGUGAUGGAAUUCCUCAAUGGAGGGGACCUGAUGUUUCACAUCCAGGAUAAGGGACGCUUUGACCUGUACCGAGCCACGUUUUACAGUGCUGAGAUCCUGUGUGGUUUACAGUUCCUACACGGCAAAGGCAUAAUUUACAGGGACCUCAAACUCGACAAUGUGAUGCUGGAUAAAGACGGCCAUAUCAAGAUCGCCGAUUUUGGGAUGUGCAAGGAGAAUGUGGUGGGGGAGAACAGGGCCAGCACCUUUUGUGGUACACCAGACUACAUUGCCCCCGAGAUCCUGCAGGGCUUGAAGUAUACGUUCUCAGUGGAUUGGUGGUCCUUUGGCGUCCUCCUGUAUGAGAUGCUUAUUGGGCAGUCCCCCUUCCAUGGCGAUGAUGAGGAUGAACUCUUCGAGUCCAUCCGUGUGGACACUCCCCACUAUCCACGAUGGAUCACCAAGGAAUCAAAAGACAUCCUGGAGAAGCUGUUUGAAAGGGAUCCCACCAAGAGACUAGGAGUGACAGGUAAUAUCAAAGUUCAUCCAUUCUUCAAGACUAUCAACUGGACUCUUCUGGAGAAGCGGGAAGUAGAGCCGCCCUUCAAGCCCAAAGUGAAGUCAGCUGGUGAUUUCAACAAUUUUGAUCGUGAGUUCCUAAGCGAGAAGGCCCGCCUAUCCUUCAGCGACAAGAAUCUCAUCGAUUCUAUGGACCAGACAGCCUUUGCCGGCUUCUCCUUUGUCAACCCCAAAUUUGAGCGGCUCUUGGAGAAAUGAGUGUUUUGUGGAACCCUCUUCCCCCUUGGUCAGAAGCCCACCAGUGCUAGCUAGCUAGAUGUACCGGUCCCCCAGGGUGAACAGGGCUAGGAUCUCUCCAGGCCCCCUCUCAACCCUCUCCUGGGCCCCCAUAAUAUGCAACAGUGUGAUUGUAAUUAUUUCUCUAGCUGCUUCUAUGCCCAUAGGCAGCAGGUCUUUUGCAUGAUUGGGGUUUUAGGUACCUUCCUCUGUGAAUCAUGUGUGAAUUUUCUGCUCCUCUCAUUGAAGAGGGAGAUUGUAAAUCCCAUGUUUUGUUACUUGAAUGUAGUUAUCUAUUGAAAAUAUAUAUUAUAUAUAAAUAUAUAUAUAUAUAUGAAAAGCUGUAUAUAUUGCUCCAUAGAGAAGAAACGUGUAAGGGAACUGGUGAUAUGUUAACUUUUUUUUUUUUUUAUAAAAACACACAAACAAAAUCCAAACAUAAACCAUAAGGCCUCUUGGUUCUAUUAUUUAUGUCUCCAAUAAAACAAUGGAACAGUC